AAUGACUAUCGGUUCCAUCUUUCCCAAGUUCCUCUGCUCCAAAACCUCUUAAACCCUAAUUCGAAUUUAGCCUAAACCCUAAAAUGGCCAAAUGGAGACUUGCGACUGCGACGCUCCGUCGACAACUUCAAUCCUCAUCGCCAACUAUCUCUACCUUCAAGAAUCCAACCAAAGCAUUGUCUGCGGCGGCUCAUCAGUCUACUCGCAGCUACAGUACAACUCAGACCGAUGAUUCGAGAGGGAAAUGGUUAACUUUACCUCCUUUUUCUCCCACCAUCGAUGGCACCGCCGUUGGAAAGGAUCUCCUUUCCGACGGAGACUCUGUCAAAUCUUCAACGGACAACUCAAAAACGACGGCGCUUAGGUGGAUUCUUCGUUGUCGUCCCGAUUUACCCAGAACUCUCGUUCAGAAACUCUUCCGCUUAAGACAGGUUAGAAGAGAAAUGUCUAUGAGUGUUGAUGGUGAUGAACUACAAAGAAGCCAGCUUAAAAGGGUGGCAGCUAAGGAGUCCUUGAAUGUAGGAGAUAGAAUUUACCUUCCUUUAUCGGUUGACAAUGAUACGCCGCAGACGCCACCUGCUAAGAAAGAAAGCUUUCAAUGUAGUGAUGAAGAACGCAAAUUCGUUUGCAGUUUGGUGUUGUAUAAGGAUCCAGCCAUUAUUGUUUUGAAUAAACCUCAUGGUUUGGCUGUUCAAGGUGGGAGUGGGAUCAAAACCAGUAUUGAUGAACUCGCUGCCUCUUGCUUGAAAUUUGAUAAAUCAGAAUCUCCCCGGCUGGUGCACAGACUUGACAGAGACUGUAGUGGACUUUUGGUGUUGGCAAGAACACAGACGGCUGCAACAGUUCUUCAUUCCAUAUUCCGAGAGAAAACAACUGGUGCAUCCGCAUAUGGUGUCAAAAAGAACGUAAAAUCCUUGAAAAGAAAAUAUAUGGCACUUGUGAUCGGGUGUCCACCACGUCAAAGGGGACAGAUUUCAGCGCCACUCAGAAAGGUGGUUGUGGAUGAUGGAAAAUCUGAACGUAUCACUGUUAAUGACAAUGGAGAACUCGUUUCUACUCAGCAUGCUAUCACCGAAUACCGAGUGAUUGAAUCUUCACCACAUGGUUAGUGAGACUGACUUCCAUUUCUAUUCAGUUAAACUUAAAGCAAAUGAUUUUGCCUUGAGUUUUUAGCACAUUGUUGAAUUGCAGGAUACACAUGGCUUGAGCUUCGCCCUUUAACCGGGAGAAAACAUCAGCUUCGUGUACACUGCGCUGAAGUGCUAGGAACACCGAUAGUCGGGGACUACAAAUACGGUUGGCAAGCUCAUAAAGCCCGGGAACCUUUUGUCUCUUCUGAAAACAACCCAACCAAGCAAUCAUCAUCUCCUUUUGGAUUGGAUCUGGAUGGUGGAGAUGUCUCUUCGAAACAGCCACACCUUCAUCUCCAUUCAAAGCAAAUCGAUCUGCCAAACAUAUCACAGCUCUUGGAGAAAAUGCAGGUCUCUUCAGACUCUGAUAUUUCGGAUCUCGAUAGCCUUAAAUUCGAUGCUCCAUUGCCUAGUCAUAUGCAACUAAGCUUUAAUUUGUUGAAAUCUAGAGUCGAAACUUGUGACAAAAAUUAGAUUUUUUUUCUUACCGAGCUUUCUUCUUUGUGUUCAUUGAGGCCCAAGUAUUUGUGUAUUUGGACCUGAAUAUUCUCAUACAAAGAUAAAUAAUUAUAAUUAAAUGAUUUUUCGCAUAUAA